AUGGCUGGAGACUCCUUCACCACUCAGCAGCCGUUCAAGGUUGUGGUGGUGGGAGCCGGCAUUGGAGGCUUGGCUGCCGCCAUAUCGUGUCUGCGUGGGGGAUGUGAAGUGACAAUUCUGGAAAAGGCACCCGAAAUAUCGCCUGUCGGAGCUGGCAUCCAGAUUCCACCAAAUGCAGCAAGUGUCCUUCGGCAUUUUGGCCUCGAGCAAAAGAUCCGCGACGCCGGAGCUAUUCAAGUGAACGCAAACCACCUUAAGCGCUACAAAGAUGGCAAGAUCCUCUGCAGCAGGAUAGGCGGCGAGAAGAUGAUGAAGGACUUCAAAGGGCCAUGGUUUGUGAUCCACCGGGCAGAUUAUCAUAGCGUCCUUCUGGAUGAGGUGCUGCGCUUGGGGGGUAAGCUUCGACUAAAUGCUGAAGCGGUCGAGAUCAAAGUAUCUACCGAGAAUCCACAUGUGGUUCUUCAAACAGGUGAAAUUAUCGAGGCCGACGUGAUAGUUGGGGCAGAUGGUCUCUGGUCUGCUACCCGAGACAUAGUCCUGGGACAACCGUCCCCACCAGUGCCUACCGGAGACCUCGCAUACCGCGGAACGUUUUCUAGAGCCCAACUUGAAGCACUUCAGGACCCUCGAGUGGACGAACUCAUGAACUCACGGUGCACGUACAACUGGAUAGGACCGGACCGGCACUGCGUUUUUUAUCCGGUCAAGAAUGGCACCGCUUUCAACCUUGUUCUCAUUCGCCCUGAUAAUCUGCCCGCCGGAUCCAGAACAGGAGCUGGCGAUAUUGAUGAGAUGCGCAUGACAUUUCAAGGCUGGGAUCCACUCCGAACUUGGGUCAAAGACAACGUCGUGAUCAUUGGAGAUGCUUCCCAUCCAAGCCUCCCGUACCAGGCACAGGGAGCUGCAAUGGCCGUAGAGGACGGCUUAGUGCUGGGGCUUCUGCUGGGGCGCCUCCAAGCCAGCGAUAGAAUCCCAGACCAGGAAAAAGGACCGUUCAUAAACUCUAUUCUCCGACUUUUUGAGUCGCUCCGGAAGAAGCGAACCACGGUCCAGGUGAAAGGGGCUGUGGCUAAUCGACACAUGUUUCACAUGCAUGACGGUCCAGAACAAGAAGCUCGGGAUAGAGAACUCGGCCAAGUGGACUGGGAAAAGCCGUCCCGGUGGGGUUGGGCCGAUGUCAACUACCAGAGGAAGAUGCUGGGCUUCGACUCUGUGAUGGAUACUAACAUGGCAUUUGAAGUUUGGCUCGCAGAGGGAGGAAAAUAG